AUGGAUGAAGUUGAAUAUAAAAAAGCAAAAGAAGAUUGGGUUACCGGCCAUGAAGGCGGAUCCAUGUGGGAAAUAUAUUCUAUAUCAUUUGUUCUUUUGAAUUCAUUUGUUUUAUGGUCGGCAGCGGCCAAAUAUACUAAAAUUUUCGACUAUGCUUCUAAUAAUAUCAUCUCGAACUUUCUAUUAGAAUACAUGUUUCUGAUUAUUCCAAGUCUUCUCUCAUGCACUUUAUUGGUAGACUUUGCUUUUUACUUAAAUGUAAUUUUAUUAAUUUUGACCUUUGUGAUAAUCAACACAUCAUCAAUGAAAUCAACGAGUGAUGAAAAGAAGAAAAAGAAAAAUAGAUGGGAAAGUGAUUCGGAUGAAGAAGAAAUAAUUGAAUUAUCAAUAAAUGAAGAUAAAUUAGAUGAUAAGAAUUUAGCAGGAGCUGAUUCUAAAAGCACAGAGAAGAUUAAUAUUGAUGAUAUUAGGAGGAAACCUUUCUUGAGCGCAUUUAGGUCUAGUAUGAUGAUUUUAACUUGUUUGUCUAUUUUGGCGGUGGAUUUUCCGAUUUUUCCAAGACGGUUAGCAAAGACAGAAACUUACGGAACUUCACUCAUGGAUCUUGGGGUUGGUUCUUUUGUGUUUUCAUCAGGUAUCGUGGCUGCACGACCGUUUUUGAAAAAACCAGAAAACCGUUUCAAACCACUCAGAGGACAAUUAUUAAGAGCAGUCAGACAAGCAUUACCAAUAUUAAUACUUGGAUUUAUACGACUAAUGAUGGUAAAAGGUGUUGAUUAUCAAGAACAUGCUUCCGAGUAUGGUGUACAUUGGAACUUUUUUUUCACACUUGGAUUUUUGCCCAUAUUUGUCACUAUUUGCAGAACUCUUCAUAAAUAUAUCCGUUUCUCUAUUCUUGGGUUGUCUAUUGCUAUUCUAUAUCAAAUUGUUCUUAAUAGACUUGGUCUUGAAGAUUACAUACUAUAUGCUCAUCGUACUGAUUUGAUUAGUUCAAAUAAAGAAGGCAUAUGCAGUUUUUGGGGCUACCUAUCUGUGUUUCUGGUUGCAUUAGAUAUAGGUCAUUACAUAUUACCAGUUGAUCCUUAUUAUGCGAUUCGUCAAAACCGACAAAAUAAAAAAAAACCGAAACCACAAAAAUUAGCCAUGAUAUUAUUUUCAUGGGUAAUUUUACUUUGGCUUGGAUUCAUGUUAUGUAUAGCACUUAGAAUUCCAGUAUCUAGGAGGAUUGCGAAUUUAAGCUAUGUAUUCUGGGUGAUAGCUUCUAAUACAACUUUUUUGCUAUUGUUUCAAGUUGCGGAAAUAACAUUUCUUGAAGAAUAUUGGAAAAAUGAGAGAAAUUUACCAAUGAUUAUUGAAGCCGUUAAUUCUAACGGAUUGGCUGUAUUUCUUUUGGCUAAUCUAUUAACAGGACUAGUUAAUUUAUCUAUACGCACUUUAUUUGUAAAUGAUAGUUUGGCUGGAUGUAUAUUAGCAGGCUAUAUGUUUAUUAUUGUUGUCAUAGCCGUAUGGUUUAAUAUUAAUAAUUGGAAAUUUAAAUUGUGA